GCGAGGGAAAAGAAGGGAGUGACAGAGGCACAUUCAGCCUACGAGAGCGAGGAGGAGUGGAGCCGUCGGUGCAUGGAGUGGAGAACUUGCUGCCUGUGGGAAAGUAAACAGCACAGGCUAUUUGCCGCCCUCUCAGGGGCCUCAGUCCGGCAGCAGUGGAUAAGCGAGGGAUGAGGAUGUGUUCAAAGAGGCUGCUGAUUUCAUAGCAGGAAGUGCAUGGGAGGUUGUUGGGAUUAAAGUCCCUCUUGGGAGGUGCUGAGGCUUUCCUGUGGAAGUACUACUGGGGACAAAAAGAACCCAUGUCCACUGCUUCAUCUCAUCAGCAGCUGGCGGAGGAAGAGAAGGAUAAAGAGCAGAGGGAAAGAUUCAGAUGUAAAGAUGAGAUUAGCAAAGAAGAGAGCAAGACUACAUCUGGAGACAAUUCAAGCAAAUACAGUGAACUCCAAAUACAUUCAACUGAACUGGAAGCAACUCAGGAACAACAAGUAGAACUAUUCCAAGCCACAAGUACCAUUUCCCCUGCUAGGUGUCCAAGUAAUCAUAGUGAAAAACCCAUGUCCACAGCUUUCUCUCAUCAGCACCUCAAGGAGAAAGUAGAGGAUGAAGAGCAGAGAGUGAAACCCAGACAUGAAAAUGAAACCAGCAAAGAAAGGUGCAAGACUGACUCUGGAGAUGAGACCAGUACACAUACAGUCUGGACCCGUUCAAGUGAAUUAGAAUCAACUCAGGAAAAGCAGGCAGAGCCUCCAUCCCAAACCACAGGUUUCCCUGUGGUGUGUUUAAAUAACAGUGAAAAGACAACAGACAGUAAAAGAGAUCAAGCUUCAACAGACUCGACAGCACCAGAGGACUUAAAUGAAGAGGAAGACCACACUUGCACUGUGGUGAAGACCCAGAAAGAUACAUGCACUAUUAAAACAAACGCAGGGACAGAGGAUAUCAGACACAGCCCAGCACAAAAUGCUGAAGGAAAUGUGUCUGAAGAGUCAGAACACCAGACGGCUGGUCCGGAGGUGAUCUAUGAUGAUGUUCCCUGUGAAGAUCUGUCUUCAGGAGAAGCUGACUUGAUAUAUGAAGACGUUCAGAAAGAGGAGGGCUUGCAAGGGCCCAAUAAUGGCUGGAGCUCAAGUGAGUUUGAAAGCUAUGAUGAGCAGUCUGACUCUGAGAGGCCACCAACCCGCAGCAAGCUCUCCCCUGAUGUGCGGCGACUGAGAGACCGUUACACCAGGACCAAACAGGAGCUAGCCAUGAGACUGGGGGGCAAACAUCAGGUCCAUCAGCUGAUGCGGGCGGCACGCAGCGGAACGAAAGAUGGCCUGGAGAAGACCAAAAUCGCUGUGAUGAGGAGAGUUUCAUUCCUACAUAAAAAGGACCACUCAGAUGACACUGAGGAGGAUACAGGGUAUCUGGAUGUGAUGGUAUCUGAAGCAAAACACCCACCUGCACAACUGGGACCAAUGCCAGAUGGACUAAGCAGCCAGCAGAUUGUUAGACGCCAUAUUUUGAGCUCCAUUGUGCAAAGUGAGAGAAGUUACCUGGACUCUCUUAAAAGGAUCCUGCAGGAAUACCAGCGACCGCUGAUGGAGGCUGAGCCUCGGAUCCUCAGUGUCAGGAAAAUCCGGCCCAUUUUUUUCCGUCUACGAGAGAUCACGCAGUGUCAUUCCAUGUUCCAGAUAGCCCUGGCAUCUCGGGUGGCCGAAUGGGACUCUUGUGAAAAGAUUGGGGACCUGUUUGUAGCUUCAUUUUCCAAGUCUAUGGUGCUGGACGUUUAUAGUGAUUACGUCAAUAACUUCACCAAUGCCAUGGCCCUCAUUAAGAAAGCCUGCAUGUCUAAACCAGCCUUUCUGGAGUUCCUCAAGAGGAAGCAGGCAUCGAGCGUUGACCGCAUAACCCUCUAUGGUCUGAUGGUGAAGCCUAUUCAGCGCUUUCCACAGUUCAUACUCCUCCUGCAGGACAUGCUGAAGAACACUCCCACUGGCCAUGUGGACAGACUGCCCUUGCAACUGGCUCUGACUGAAUUGGAGACCCUCGCUGAGAAACUCAAUGAGCAGAAAAGGGUGGCUGAUCAGAUCACUGAGACGCAGCAGCUGGCCCGCUGUGUCAGUGACCGUUCUCUCAGCAAGCUGCUCAACUCGGAGCAGAGCUCUUUGAUCCUUUGUGAGACGCUGAUUGAGACGGUGUACGGUGAACGAGGACAGGUCCUCAAGUCUAAGGAGCGGAAAGUCUUUCUCUUCGGUGACGUGCUCAUCUGUGCCAACAUCAAUGUCAAGGGGCCCCCUGACAUCAGCAGUCUGGUCCCAGUCGGUCCUAAAUACACCCUCAAAUGGAGCGCCCCCUUACAGCAGGUCCAGGUAGUUGAAGUGGGUCAAGAAGCAUCCCAAUCCAAGGACACACUUUAUCAGCUCGGAGGCGUCAAGCGUCAGGGCGGCUCUUUUGGACAAGGAAGUAUCAUUCUCGGACCGCCCCGCCUAUAUCACGAACUGCAGGAAUUGCAGCACGACCUCUCAGUAGUUGAGCAGGUCACUCUGCUUGUGGGAACUUUACAGGGAACGUAUCAGAAUCUGAACACCACAGUGGCACAGGACUGGUGUUUGGCACUGCAAAGGCUGAUCCGCAUCAAAGAAGACCAGAUUCAGAAUGCCAACAAGUGCCGUUUACGACUGCAAGUUCCUGGCAGGCCAGACAAGUCCGGGCGUCCUGUGAGCUUCACGGUGGUCUUCAACACGCCGAGCCCCGUCAGCAAGAUUUCCUGGGCCAACCGGUUCCACCUGGCGAAGAUAGCACUGAGAGACGAAAACACACCAGGCUGGUUCUCUGCAGAGGAUGAUGGCAAGACAAAAGCUCCAUUUUGGUGUCCACUGCUGGCCUGCCGCAUGCCUGUUUUCACCUCAAAAGCCCAGGAAUGGAAGCUGGAGGCUGCUCUUCAUAAUCCUGUUCAGUGUGCUUUACUCGGUUUCUCAGCGGCAAGCACUUCACUUCCUCAAGGCUACCUGUGGGUAGCCAGUGGAGCUGAUUCCACUCAGGGCCAGGUGGACAUCUUCUCCUUGAACAGACCCACACCUCGACCUGUAAAAUCCCUCCAAAUGGGAGCUCAAGUGAGGUGUCUGGAGUAUGUGCCUGAGCCUAGCCCAUCAGAGGAUGCUGAAACCAGCCUGCACAGCUCUGCUGAAGUUGGAAAUACUAUCUGUGUAGGACUUGAUGAUGGCAGCAUCAUGGUCUAUGGCAGUAUGGACACAGCUGCUCAGUGUCUUGUGACUCUCCGGAACCCUGAGGGCUGUCCAGUUUUGUGUCUCAAACAUUGCAAUAAUGUCCUGUUUGCUGGCCUGCGGGAUGGAAAGCUCAUGGCGUACGAGAGACAUCACAGAGGGGGACUUUGGAACCAAGACACCUCUAGAAAAGUAACAAUUGGUUCAGAUCCCAUCAGGACUCUGCUGGCUUUGGAGAACUCGGUCUGGGCUAGCUGUGGUAACACAGUUACUGUAGUCAACGGCUCCAGUUUGUCCACUCAGAGAUUUGAAGUCCAUCAGGACCCGAUGGUGAGUGUGGCCCACAUGGUGCGAGCCGGAGGUGGCGUAUGGAUGGCUUUUUCUGAAGGCUCUUCUAUACGCUUGUUCCAUACGGAAACACUGGAGCACCUGCAGGAGAUCAACAUUUCUACACCCUCGUCAUUUUACAACCCCAGUCAAAAGAGCAUGAGGGUCACCAGCCUGUUGAUUUGCCAGGGGCUGCUGUGGGUAGGCACUGCUCAGGGUAUUAUCAUCACCCUGCCUGUGCCCAAGCUGGAGGGCAUCCCCAAAAUUACAGGUAAGGGGAUGAUGUCCUUCAAUGCUCACUGCGGCCCUGUGGAUUUCUUAGUUGCCCUUUUCAGCACAUUGUCCCCUGAUCUUCUAAAACGGGACUCUGUGGUGGAAGGUCAUGAUUCGGCCUGUGGAGUGGAAGACCGCAGCGACUCAUCCUCUCAGGAAUCCCUCCAGCAGCCCAGUGUUUCUACCCAGGUGGAUGGAAAAGGGAAGGGACGGGGUGUUUUACUACAGUACCGUCUCCGCUCAACCUCAGGGUUACCCGGACGGCCAUUAACCGCACGAGGAGACGAGGCCUCAGACUCAUCUCUAGAGUCUCUGGAGCACAGCAUGGAAGAUGGCUCAAUUUAUGAACUCAGCGAUGAUCCAGACAUGUGGGUCAGGGGUAGACCCUGCGAGAGGGAAGGGGUGAGGCGGGACAGGGUCACCUCGGUCGCGGUCAUUUCAGGUGGUAAAGGUUUCCGUCGACUAAGGGAGGGAUCGGUGACAGCCACCAUGGAAAGCACACUUAUGAUCUGGCAGCUUCCUCUCACUGUUUGAGCUGAAAUUUGUUGAUUUACUCAUCCUCAUGUCAUUCCAAUACCCUUUGACUUCCUCUUGAAUUAAUAUACGGGUCACUCUUUUCAGUUCAGUUAUGAUAAACAGACCUUAAUUGGGUUCGAUGCUAUGUUGAAUUAAACGCAGAUGAAAAUGAGGCUGUGAGUGAUAGACUAAUGAAACACAGUUAUAAUGGUCAUAGAUAACUGAGUAUUCACAACUAUUACUGUUUUUUUGGGGGGGUAAUCCUUUUUUUGUCAGCUACACUGUUGGUAUGCUAUCAAAAAGCAUUACAGUAUUUUGAAAUCACUGUAGUUUUAUACCUCACAGCCUUCUCAUUCUCAUGUAAAAAUUAUUAUGAUUCUAUUUUUAAAAAGUUUUAUGCAAACUGGAGUUAUUAAGCUUCCAAAAGCAUCAUUGGCCACAUUACUCAUCUCUUCUAGUUUAAUAAAUCAAGCAACAUAUCUAUGUUUAAACUGGCAAAAGUGGUUACUUCAUUCAGGCCUGUAGUCGGGCGCUACUGGCCUGUCAUUGAUAAUCUGUCCAGAACAAUAAAACCGAAUCACUGGAUCUAUGAGUUGAACUGGUAAAAAAAUUCUAAAACAAAUAAUCUAUACCAUUUUUUAAACUGGUUUCACUGAUUUAAUGAAAAAAAAAUAGACUUUGCUAGAGAUUGUUCAAGGUUUUGGUUGAUAGCAAUACAAAUAUUGACUAGUUACUGUAAUUUAGUAUAAUUGGAAAGAUUAGCAAUUGAUUUGUGCGACAAAUUGUCCAACAGUUAUGGCAUCAAUUGAUUGAUAAUUUUCCCCUCCUGUAAACCAGUGAAACUGGAUCAUCAAGUCAGUAAGAUGACCUUAAUUACUGAUUCAAGAACAAAUCAUCCUGUCUGAUUUUGUGAAGUGAGUCAUUUGCUUCAUUGAAAAAAUCUCAAUAGAGUGAAACAUUGCUAUGGAUUAGUGUAAUGUAAUGUUUGGUGAAUAAAUACCUUUUAUAUUUGUAGUUUUGACUACAAGCCACAGUAAUUUUAUACAGGUGUGGUUUAGGUGUCCUUUGGAAACUGGAUAAUUGAGUCAAUGAGUUGAACGGAUGAGUGAACAAAUCUUCCAUAAUGACUUUAAGUUGCUCAACUGAUUUACUUAAACUAUCUGACUCAUUUGAGUCAUUUACAUUUCAGACACUACAGUCAUAUGUCAAGAGAAAAACUUGAUUGUUUCAUCUCACAAAUUGCAACACAAAGUUUUAGAAUGCAUACAAUUGAUUUGUGUGAUAAAUAACAAAACUGAAGGUUAAGUGGUGAAAUAUUUGAUGAUUUUCCUCUACGGUGGAUGUAAAACUGAUCAUCACUGAGAAUUACUGAGUUAAAGUUGAACUGAAAAACAAAUGUCGCACAUACCAAUUUAUUAACAAGCUCAAAUGAUUCAUUAAAAAGAUCUGACUAAUUUAAAACAUUUUAGAGAUCAUAGCACACGUUACAGUUUUCUUAUGCAGAUUUUUUUGGGUAUUUUGGAGCCUGGUAGCUGUAGUCCUCAGUAAAAGUCAUUAUACUAAAAAUGAAAACCAGGAUAUUUGGAAAAAGCAAAGCAAUAUGGGUUUGGAAUGACAUAAACAUGAGUUCAUGACAAAACCUUUAUUUUUGGUAAAACUAGGGCUUUUCACUGAAUUAACAGAUCUUGUGAUAUUAAGAAAGCCACUUUUUCCAAUGAGAAUAUCUGCAACUAAAAGUCUAAUAGCGACCAUACCUACAGUAUAUCUGUAAAGUACCCCCUUCCCUGUUGGGAAUCCUUAUCCAUGUAUUAAACCUCACCCUUCACCAUGAUCAGGGUCUAAACUAUUCAAAGCCAACAUUUCCUUGAGGCUUUAGUGUGUCCGAGCUUUAGUGAAUCAAAUUCUUUGGAUUUGACCAUGCCACAGAGCUGCUGAGGGGGCUUUAUUCCCCCGCGUCUGAAGAAAUCAUAUCAUUGGAAAGUGAAAAGCCAAGUGAAAGGGGUUUCCAUGCUUUUUGUGCAGUCGCCCAGAGAAUACUCUCACCCUUUGACUUUUGAUAAUGUGAACGCAUGAUUCAAUGUCGAAAGUCAAGCUCGGGCAGGUCAGUGCUGUACGAGUGUUAAAAGCUUGUGGAAUGGAUUUCAAAACACUUGACAGCCUAAAUUUCUGCGACGGCGAAUGGUAAGGCUUAAUUAAAAUAGUUUUUAGUGGGCAUUUUUUCGUACAUACACAACCUGAAAACAUUUCACCAUAUGGCAGUCAUUUGAAACGUCUGCUCAAAUCACCAUUACUUAACAAGCGAGUUCAUUAGCAGCUGGUAGUGGAAAGAUACAAGCACCACUAAUUGCAGGAAAGUUGUGGAUCUUGUGAAGCUUUUGAUGUUUAUUUGAUCUUGUUGAAGGGUAUUCACUGUCGAUAUUUUGUGUAAUAUCGCAGUUCCAUCUGCAAGCUACAGUUGGUUCCCGUCAUACUUUGUUCUUGUUUGAUACACAUUUAACACAUUCAGUAGUCUACCAUUAGGAGCUAUGCCAGAUGCACAUUAUUUUGUGUUAAAGGGAAUAGAUUGAUGUUGUUUUGGGGACAAAUGAGCAAGCAAAUAAAUAAUAAAGUCAUUAAUGAAUAAAAAAAAAACAGCUUGGAACAUAGUUGAACCAGCAUAGACUAGUUGAAGACAGCAAAUAAACUACAUACAGUACUGUAAAACUAAACUCUUCUGAAAUGGCUACUGAAUAAUAUAGUUGAAUGAUUUAUUUUUUCCAUUUCUCACCACUUUAUCAUCAUCUAUUUUUCACGCCAUACAACUUUGUGAAAGUAUGAAAUGUGUAAUUUGUCUCAGUACUGCAAACUUUUUUAAAAGUGUUAAAUGUAACAUUUAUGAAGGCUGUAAUAUCCUGAAUAUAAUACUUGUAGGGCUACAACAGUUUUUUUUGUUUGUUUUGAAGUGACAUUUUGAAAGUAAAGUUUAGUUAGAAGUUAACAUGAAUAAUACAAAUGUACUCAUCCAUAUACAGUAAAGUAACCACUUGAAGUUUUUUUUUUUGUGCCUCAAAUGCACUGAAUUUUUAGGAUUUUUUAAUGCUAAUAAAAUGUUGGUGUUGUCAACUCACCGUUAGUAGAAUAAAAAAAAUG